AUUUCAGAGGGAUUUAUUGAACUUUAUGCUGUGCUAAAGUUCUUACUUUGCAUAUGAAGGUUAGAUAAUCUUAUGAAAUAUGAUGCACUGUUAAAAGACCCUGCAAAUAUAAAAUAAUUCAAAGUAGGUCCAUCUAUAACGACAUUAAAGUGCUGCUCACGCGUUAAAACAUCAAUGAUACAAUAUAUUAUAUGUUUUAUAAACCACCCUGAAACCAGUGAUUGUGCAUUUUUCAUACUUUUAUUUAUCUAUUUUUGAACUUGAAUAAUGAGUAUUUUUUACAUUGUGGUAUUAAUCUCACUACUCCUUCCACCGCUAUUUUUUACACCUUACAUUUUGAAAAUGGCAAAAGUACAGCAAAGCAAAGGUUUAGGCUACCUAUAGAGCUCAAACUGCUUUCUGAUGUUGUGAGCCUUUGUUAACUUUUGCAGCAAUUCCCGACAGUUAUUAUUUCAUUGAUGUGGAUUUUUCUUCUUGCAUUAUUUAGCUCUUUGCAGCCCAGUUUUUGCAUAAUUUCCUCUAACUGGGUGACUAACUCACACAAUCAAUCCUCCAUGCUUUCAACAGCCAGACUUCAACUUCCACUGAUCGCAUGUAGUCCAAUUAAAUUCAGUCCUCUAAGUGAUUAAUUAAUUCAUUUCUAUGUGCAGAUUUAUUCAAGCACCACUGUUAUCAGCCUGAUUAAAGCUCCACAAUCAGUUUAUCUAAUCAACCAUUUGCACCCCAAAAGUGUGAACAGCAGUUUUCUGCAGAGACAGACGUCUUCCCUUUUGGUGGACCACUAGAAGGCCAUUGGUCGAGGGGGCAGGAUAUUUGCAUAUACCGGGGCUUAUAGUCCCACAGCAAAGUCAGAGUUGAGCACAGUGUUGAUUGGACCUGACAUAGCACGAGUGAUUGCCCCAUUUAUGACUCGACUGGGCAGUUUUUUAUAGCCCCUCAACAUGGGAUUCUGCGAGAUUUCAGGACUUGGACCGUGCAUGGUGCUUGUUUUAUUUUUAUACACUGUUCACUGUACAACUACAAAGUAUUUCACCUAUGAAGAGGAUGCCCCAGGGACGGAGAUAGGCAAUUUGUCCCAAGAUUUAAAGAUUGAUCCAGCUGAUGACCCUGACACGUCGUUCCGCUUCAUGCAAGAAAACAACUCCUCUGUGAUUCAAAUGAGGGAGAUCGACGGACUUCUGAGUGUGGCAGAAACAAUUGAUCGAGAGCAGCUCUGCCCCAGGUCCCCGCGUUGCUUCGUCGCCUUCGACAUUGUGGCCUUCUCCAGAGAAAAGUUUCAACUCAUCCACGUCGAGAUCGAGGUGAAAGACAUCAACGACCACUCUCCUCAUUUUCCGCGCAACGACACGCAUCUGGAGAUAGUGGAGAAUGUUCCACUGGACUCAAGGUUUCCGCUACAGAUCGCCCUCGACCAGGAUGUGGGUGAAAACUACAUUCAGAGCUACAACAUUUCUCCCUCCAGUCACUUCGCCGUGGAAGUGCGCGACAGAGAGGAUGGAGUGAAGUUUGCAGAACUGGUGCUGGUGAGGGAACUCGACAGGGAGGUGGAGGACUCCUACACUAUCGAAGUCACUGCGUUUGACGGGGGAGUGCCUGCAAAGUCCGGGUCAAUGACUGUAAAUAUCAAAGUGCUGGACUUCAAUGACAACAGCCCGACGUUUGAACACAGCUCUCUGAAAGUUGAGCUGAAUGAAGACUCUCCGGUGGGUCACCGAGUUCUCAAAGUGCACGCGUUUGACCCGGACGACGGCAUUAACGGCGAGGUGACGUACGCGUUUGCUGAUGGGCUGUCACCUGAGGCUGCGCGCCUCUUCCACGUCGAUCCUUAUUCCGGUGACGUGACCUUGAAGGCGCUGGUUGAUUUUGAGAAGAAGAGGUCAUACGAGCUGAACAUCAGAGCCUCUGAUUUAGGCGCGAACUCUGUCCCGUCCAACUGCAAAGUUGUGAUAGACAUCGUGGACGUGAAUGACAACGCGCCUGAGAUCAGCAUCAAACCGAUGACCUCCAGCACUGAUGGAGUCGCCUACAUCACCGAGGCUGCAGCCGCAGAGAGCUUCGUGGCUCUGAUCAGCACCUCGGACAGAGACUCUGGCUCCAACGGGUACGUGCGCAUCAGCCUGCUCGGGCACGAGCAUUACCUCCAGCAGGCUUAUGGGGACACUUUCAUGAUUGUUACCACCACUACUUUAGACAGAGAAAGGAUCCCAGAGUAUAACUUGACGGUGGUUGCAGAAGAUCUUGGAAGCCCUCCUUUUAAAACUGUUAGACAGUACACCAUCCGUGUAACAGAUGAGAAUGACAACCCCCCUCUCUUCAGUAAGUCACUUUAUGAAGUUUCAGUCCUUGAAAAUAAUAUCCCAGGUUCAUAUGUGACCACUCUUGUUGCCCGAGAUCCUGAUGUGGGAAAGAACGCCAAAGUGUCUUAUAAACUCAUAGAUUCAGAGGUGGAAGGAGGAUCCCCAGUUUCCACUUAUGUGUCUAUAGAUGCACUCUCAGGGUCUUUGUUUACUUUAAGGUCUUUUGAUUAUGAGACUCUUCAGCAGAUUGAGCUGGUAAUCCAAGGAGAAGACAGAGGUUCCCCCUCUCUUUCAAGCACAUCAACAAUCAGGAUUAGAGUUGUGGAUCAGAAUGACAACUAUCCAUACUUCACCUUCCCCGUCCUCCUGAAUGACUCUGCUGAUAUCCCCUUGCCUUUUAAUGCACCUUCUGGCUAUCUAGCCCUACGUGUAUCAGCUGAAGAUGGGGAUGAGGGAAUGAAUGGCGAGCUCUCCUACCAAAUCGUACAAGGUGAUUCAAAGCUUUUUACAAUGAACAAAGACACUGGAGAGAUUGCUUUGAAACAAUGGCUGACAGCUGAAAUUGGAGACGUGCUGGAAAUUAAAAUCGCGGUGAGUGACAAUGGCAGGUCCCCGCUCUCUAGCAGUGCCACUAUUAGGUUUGUUGUCUCAGACACAGAGCCCUCUGAAGACCAGGUCGUCAUUGUGUUGCGGUCAAGUGGUGAUGAAGAAGGCUCCGGUUUGGAUGGCUCACUAAUUAUCAUUAUUAUGCUCAGCGGGGGUUGCGCAUUGUUGCUGAUUGCAAUAGUGGUUGUUGUUGUCACAUGCAAACUCAGCCGUGGGGGGAGAGGCCGCGGCACCAAGAGGGAAGUGUGUCACAGCCUGUUCGACAGCAGGCCCCUGCCCAUGCUCGGCUCCGCAGAACCAAACAUAUACACGGGUCAACGAGGCUUCUUCCACGAGAGGACCUCCUCAUCUCUGGAUGAUUCCUGCCUGUAUGAGCAGAGGAGUGGGGACUCAGAGACAAAGAUGUUCCUGCCCUCCAAGCAUUUCCAACCAACGUCUGUGUGGCAAGGUGACAAAUACUGCUUGCAAGUGAGUGGCAUUGGCAACACCGACCAGCUGAGCGUGAAGGACAGUGGCAAAGGGGACAGUGACUUCAACGACAGUGACUCUGAUAUCAGUGGCGAUGGAGGAAAGAAGAACUUCAGCACCUUCCAACCAAGGCUAAAAAGUUCAUCCAGCGCUACUAACAGCUUAUCUGGGGAUUGCCAAGGCACCUACUGUGCAAUACCACCACAGAGCUUAAGAGCCCCCAGGGACAGCGCAUACACCAUAGGCUUCUCCCCAGUGCCGGUCUUCAACAGUCCUCAUGGCUUCCCCCACUCGUGGAAGGACUCUGCUUAUGGCACAAAUCGGCCAAAGUCAAGGAGCAGCAUGCAGACCUAUUCCAGGACUGGAACCCUCCCUUCCUACUUUCCUCAGCAGCAGCUUGACUCUGGUGUCGGAGGUGCUGAAAUCCACAAGCAGACUCCAAAUUUUGUAACCGUGGCGACGGCAUCAGAGGUUGCGACUAUGUUUUAAAGUUGUAAAAUAAGCUGAUUAAGAUGUUCCUGGGAGAUGUAAAUAUUUGUAAAGCUAGUUCUCAUUAUAUGAUUAUAAGGUGUACCUAUAUUUUCUUGAUGAGCAGAGUUUGUUUAUUCAUGUCACAUUAUUUGAGUUUCAGUAUACUGUAUGUUAUAAUGCACAAUGAUGUUUCCUUUUCCAUUAAAAGGGCAAUUGAAAUGAUGAAAAAUUGUAAUUUAUUCAACGAUAUUCCCAAAUACGAUGAUGUGACUAAUAUAAUGAAACGAGAUGAUGAAUCAUUUUGAUUGAGAAACAUCCGAUUUUGAGGAUGAAAUAUUAUUCCCUUGCCAUCAGAAAUCCCAGGCUGAAUAUAUAAACAUGUAGAACUCUUCACCCAGUUCGAGUCUACACGAUCAAGACUCCAGUCAGUGAUGAUCAGAUGUAAAAUCUCAAGCUGCACCGUUACCUGGGAGACUGGCUUUGAAGACUCCUUGGUUGCUCAGUUGAGUUUCUUGCA